UUCUCAUUCAAAAAACGAUAAUAAGAAGGUAGAUUGGUUAAUUGGUUGAUUGAUACAUAAAAAUAAUCAGUUAAAAUGGUUGAUUCUGAGUUAUUUAACAUGGCAAAGUAAAAAAUAAAUAAUGAUUUAAAAAUUCUGAUAGGUAAAUGCCAUGUAAAAACUGAAAAAAGCUAGAGAAACCUUUUAAAUAAGUGGUUUUAGGAUUCUGUGAAAAACUAUUUUUUAGAGCAAUAUGCUGCUCCACUUUUAAUAAAUUAGUUGAAGUUCUCAAGUAUCUAGGAAGUAAAACGCUUCAUCCAUGAUCAUGUGAAUGGUAAAGAAACUAAAUUUAUGACUCUGAUAGGAACAUAUUUUUAAUAUCUGGAAAAGUAUAAUUAAGUACCUAUCUUUAAGAAGAGAAUGUAAGAAUUAAUAGUAUCUUCUCUAGAAUACGAAAAUGCAUCAUAGUUAACUCACAAUUAUACUUAAUAAAAAUUAAUACGCAAACAGUUCGUAGGCCUUAUUAUAUAUUAUUACGUUGAUUAGAGACAGUAGAAUAUAAUUUAAACAUCUUUUUAUGAAAUAUGGAACUUAGCUUUUCCAGAAGAUUAGAUUAAAAAGAAAAAACUUACAAAAUUUGAUGUGGCGAGAAAAGUUAAACAUGAGUAAAAAAAACAUGACUUAAAUACUUAAUUAUUUUAAAAUGUCUAAACAGAAUAAGAUGAUGCAAUUAAAUUUAAAUUAAUUUAUUCAGAAGAAAAUAGCGAGACGAAGGCAUUCAUUAACAAAAAUCAGAUUCCUCAUUAUUCUAAUCAAUAACAGAGCUAAUAAAUAAAUGGGAAUUUCACAUCGAAUUAAUUUUCGCAUUUGCAGUAGCAUUAAUAUUACAAUUACGAUCAUCCUUUUAUACAUACUUAAAAAGUUGAGGAAUUUAAUUACUUUUUACCAAGCAACUACAGUAAUUAAACACAAACUUAAAUUCCACUGCAUAUUAAUUUAAUUAACAAUAGAAACUUAAAGUAAGAAGCUACUGAGUUAGAAAAUGAAAGUACCUGCAUGUCAGGAAAUAAUAAUCAAAAGCAAUACUAAUAAGAUUUCGUUAAAUAAGAGUUUAAAAAUGCUGUAAAAUAAGAUGAAAAUGAAUAUAAUAUAUAGAUAAAAUAAGAUCAAUAGAGCUUAGAUUAAUAGAUACCAUAAAAAUAAUUAAAUUUCAAUUAUAACUAAAAUAUCAAAUUGGAAAUUGAUAAUGACAAUAAAUUAUUUAACUAAAUGAGAUAAGAUAAUCAAUUUUAACACAGCUUAUAAUAAAAACAAGAUCAAAAUAGUUUAAAUUUUCAUCCUAAUUAAAUUCAAAAUUCGCAGUAAAGUAAGAUAAAAAUAGAGUUUGAUCCAACAUAAGAACUCUAAAAUUAAGUUUAGCCUUUAUAAAAUAUUUCUUCUUCAAUUAAAACAGAAAAAUUAGAAUAAAUUAAGGGAUUGGAAUCAUAGAAUAUAUCUGAGCAGCUAUAAUAUUUGACAAAUCACGAGUAAAAAACUUAAAAUAAUUAGAUUAUUUAAAAAUAAGAAGCAAAGAAAGAAGACCUAACAAUAGGUCAAAAUGCAUUUUAAAAUCUAAGAAAUUAAAUAUUUUUAGAUUAAUUUAGUUAAAAAUAAGAAUUUUAAUUAUAACAAAGCUUAGAUUUUUUACAAAAAGAUGAAAAAAAUUUAUAUAACGUACAAUUAAAGAUAAAAUAAGAAUAAAAUGAAUUUUAAGAAUUUAAUUAAGAUUUAUUAUAAUAGUAAAAAUUAUUAAAAAAAGAAAAUGAGUUUUCAUAAAUAUAGUAAAAUUUAUUAAAAUAAUAAACAUAAAUAAAAUAAGAAAAUAUCUAAAACAAAAUUGGUUCAAAUAAUGAUUAUGGAUUUGAUAUUUAAUAGUCAGAAAUCAAAUAAAAUGAUUAACCGUAAAUUAAAAAUUAAUAAAUAAAUAAAAACGGAAAAGAAGUAAAUAUUUAAUAAAAUAUGGUAAAAUUGGAAUAUGAUAUUUAAAUAAAUAAUACCAACUAAAUAAAAAUAUAAUCAAAUCACUAAAAUUAUUUGCCAGAAUACUAACAAAUUUAAUAAAAAUUAAACCAAAAUUAAAUUCAAAUUAAAUAAGAAUUUAGUAAUUUUUUAAAUAAUAACUCUGAUUUAUUUGUAAAAGAUGAAAAUAAUCCUCUAAAGUUAACUUCCAACUAAUUAUAAAUAAAAAGGGAAGAAAGAUAGCUUUCUGGUUAACCCUAGUAAUAACUUUAGUUGAAUAAUCUAAAGUUAGAAUAAGAAUACCAUGUAAAAAAUGAGUAUAAUAUCUAAGUUAAAGCUUCAUAGUAAAUGUAGAUGACUUUUCAAAGAAAUUAAAAUGCAAUAAAAAGUGAAGAAUAAGAUCUCAACCAAUCUAAAGAAUUAUUUGACUCAAAAUUUAAAAUUAUACCUAUUAACAAAGAAUAAAGACCUUAAGCAUUAUAAAAAAUCCCAGAGCUAUUUACAUAAUUAUCAAGUAUGCCUAUUAAAAAGAAAAGAACAGUUACAUGUUAAAGGAGAAAAAAAAAAUAAAUAUAAAAAUAAAAAUAAAGUAAUCAAAUCAACAAAAGUUAACAAAAAGAAGAUAUUGUGUCCAAUAAAGGAGAAGAUUAAAUAAAAAAUAGUUAAAAAUAAACAAUUACGUAAUAAAAAAUGAAUAUUUCAAUUUAGAAAAAUUAAUCUUACUUAUUAAAUUCAAACUAAAUGCUUUUAAAUGAAAAUAAUUAGCUUAUUCAAAUUCAAUAUGAGAAUAAGCAAUAGCAAUUUUAUCCUUAGCAGUAAAAUCACCAGCAAUAAACUAACUAUCAAUCAACUGUUAUAAACCAAGAGCUAAUAAACCCUUCUACUUAUCCUUAGUAUGGUAUGAUUUAAUUUAAUGAAUAAGUGUAUAAGAAUUAAAAUUUAUAAAAUAUUAAUACUCAUCAUUAUGAAUCCUUAAAUCACUUAAAAGGUGUCUAAGGAAGUAAUAAUUAUUAUGCAAGCUAAAAUACUAAUCAUGACCCUUCAUAUCUUGGGUAUAAAUAAUAUCAGAAUAUUUAAUAAGAAGAUAAAUUAAAAUGUAAUUAAUAAUAACAAUAUCACAAAUAGCAAUAAUAUAUCCCAUAAAAACCUAUUAUACUGCAAUAGUAAAAUUUAAAAACUUAAUAAAAUUGA